CGGGCGUAGUCUUCAAGUAGGCUAAUAUCUGGACCAGAUAGUAUUCCGUUUGACUUAAAAAGCAGCGCUGAUCUGCUUUCUCCAUCAGAUUUCUCCAAGCAAUCAACGAUUUCAUUCAGAUUUCAAUCCUUGAAUCAACGUAUUCAGUUGGAUAACGCGCACCUGUGCUAUUAAGAAUAUGAAGAAAUUAUUUGUGCUCCCUUUGCUAGUCUACAUUAGUUUCACUCAGCCAUAUGGAAUCAGGUCAAGCCAGUCAUUCAACGUUACAAGCGACGUAGAGGGCGUGAAUCGCUCUGAGACUAAAGCAUUGGGACCUCAAGCAGGCAAAUGUCGUAACCCUUGCACCUCACAAUCUCACCCAAAUUCUUCUUUUUACGUCUGCGGUGAUCCACGCUUGGGGCCGGUUCAACUACCUACCAAACAACCACUGAGUGCAAUGACGUCCUCCUACGAUCGGUUUGGGGGUGUUUGUCCGGAGGCGUUUUUAAAAAAGUGGACGGCACACGGUUCAUUCGACAUCCCUCCUCAUGACGGUUUUCUUGUAAAUGUCGAUAAUGUACCAAUAUUCGGAAACGUUUCGCUGGAAGUUGGCAGGCGUAUCGAUCGAUUUGGUUCAGAAUUCGGGACAAUCGCUCAUCCCGCUAGAGCUCCUUACGCCGAACGUUCGUUACCGCCUUCUAACUUGAAUACGCCUAUAGAUCAAAACGGUAAACCCGGAAAAUAUCCUUUCAAUUAUCACCUCUACGAAGUGCAAAAAAGAAUCGUAGUUCUAGCUGGACCUAUCGCUCCAUGGUUUGGACAGCCCGGUAUGGGGACUCAGUUCAAAUUCUCACAAAAUAUACUAAAUUACGUCAACCAGGGUCAUUUGAAAAGAAUUGAAACGUGAUAUUUUUGCCUUAGUUUUGUGACUUUCAAUUCUUGUUAGUGCCAAUUACCUGGAUGUUUCACCAGUAAAAAGUGUAUGAGUCCAAUGGAUCUUACUGAAAUACUGCUCAUAAUCAAUGCUUAUAGCAGCCACCAUUGCUGAGAUAAAGAUGACGUGUUUUAACCCUAACAAUGAGGUAUCGCAAAUCAAACUCAAAAAUAGAAAAUAGAAGUGCAGUGACCCCACAAUGUACGAAUACACAAUUUAAGCAUAGAGGUUUUC